AUGCCGCCCAAAGUCAGACGAAUCAAUUCGGUUCCCCUGCUCUGCAGCCUUUGCGAAAAGAAUCCGCAAUUCUCCGAUGUCUCACAUCUACUUACCCAUAUAUCUUCCAAAGGGCAUCUCCACAGUCGGUUCAAGCUGCAGAUUCGCUCUCAAACAGAACUAGAAGCCAAGUGGCAACUCGAUAAUUAUGAUUUAUGGUAUCGUAGCUAUGGCCUAGAUGCUUUGUUGUCCGAACGACUUGCUGCUAAAGAGCUCAAGCAAGCAGCCAAGGAAAGGAAGAACAGAGUUUCAAAUGUAGCAGAUCCUGUCAGUGAAAAUGCCCUCUCUCAUGCUGCUCAUGGUAUGGCCCUAGUUAACCUCAAGGUUUCUCAGGUAAAGAAAGAGGAAGAGCGCCAGAACGAAAGCACUCUUAACACUACACCUAUUUACCGGGCCCCUAUUCCCCGCAUGCACCUUUGGCCUACCACAGGAAGUCGCACAUAUUCUACGCCGGCUGCUGACGAUUGGGUGGGCAAUUCUAUCUAUGAAACGCCGUCUGCCAUGCGUCGGCUUCCGCAUUUUCCGCUGGAGACUCCGGCCAUAAACAUGCUCGAUCCUGAGUAUCUCUCCCUACGCCUUUACUUGCUUACCGCAGCUAAUCGACUUGACAGGCUCCGCACACCGCUUAUGAACCGCAAUAAGAACAAUGAAAGCGGUCGAGAGAAGAUUGCGGACAGUGCCACCAAACUGAAGGGCGUCUUGUGGCCGGGCAUGAAUUUGUUUGACUCGGCUACCCCAGAGAUGAAAAGAAUGAGAAACCAGAGAAAAGAUAUUAAUGUUUUAGAGCAGAUGAUGGCUACGUCAGCAGAUGUGGAACCAUCUGAGAUUAUGGAAAAGGAACCCUCACCAAAAAAACGCAAGGCUCGAAAACCUACAUUCUCAGAUGUCAGUGUUAAUGCUCCUCGGUCUAAGCCUUUGCGGGGAAAGGCAGCUGCGCCCAAACGCCCAGAAAAGAGAACUCGCCCAGCAUUGGUGCAAGAUCAAGCUCCUCGUGGGGCACCACAACCCAAAAUGGCUCCCGAAACCAACCCGCUCUCUACUAUGGCGUUUGGUCGAGGCAUUGCGUCGACUUUAGAAGAGGAUGAAGAGUUUAAAAUGACCAUUGGAAGCACUAGCAAGAAGCGCUCAUUCGGUAUCUUUCGCGAAGGAACUGACGAUAGUCCCGAAAGCUUGUUUGGGGAACAUCGAUUCGACUUCCCAAAUCACGGUUUGCAUAUCUAUCCAGCCAACACAGCACCUUCCCGCCACGUUACCCCCACCCCAGUCUCUAAGUCUUCGAUGGAUAUUUACGGCAAAGAGAACUCCAAGCCUGAAUUCCACCCUGGACUUCGCCCUCAGAGACCUACUCCCUCCUCAUCGUCCGCAUCGCUUGUCUUCCCAUCUCAGGUGCUCCACGAUGCGACAUCCAACCCACUAUAUAACGAAGCCUUAGCACGAUCGUUCGUAUAUGGCGACUAUCAUUCUAGCUUCACCAAAAGUAUGAAGCCUUCUCGCUCCACCUCUAGCUUCAACGGAGACUUUCGGCCUCUUCACACGGUCACUCACGCUGACGAGCUUCAGGACCAAGCUACAAGCUCGAAGAACGGAUCCAUCUCUAGGAAGAACAUGCGUUACGGCAUGUAA